CGUUCGUUCUCCUAAGCUUGGGGGGCCGGCGGGAGUGGCGGUCCGGUCCGGGAUCGACGCGCACCGCCGGGGAGGCUCCAAGGGGAGGGCUCUCCGGCCUUGAGAGCGGCGUGCUGACCGGCGGCGCUAGGACCUCGUGGGGAGCGGCGGGGGCGGAGCAGGCGGCACCAGGACCCGGGGGAACCGCGGCAGGCGGGCGGCGAGCAGGCCCGGGGGCCGGGAAGCUGCGGGCGGCGGCGCUGGGCCCGGUGCGGCGAGAGAGGCCCUGAGAUGCCGAGCAAGAAGAAAAAGUAUAACGCGCGGUUCCCGCCGGCGCGGAUCAAGAAGAUCAUGCAAACUGACGAAGAGAUCGGAAAGGUGGCAGCGGCGGUGCCUGUCAUCAUCUCGCGGGCGCUUGAGCUGUUCCUGGAGUCCCUGUUGAAGAAGGCUUGCCAGGUGACCCAGUCUCGAAAUGCCAAGACCAUGACCACAUCACACCUGAAGCAGUGCAUUGAGCUGGAGCAGCAGUUUGACUUCUUGAAGGACCUGGUGGCUUCUGUGCCUGACAUGCAGGGAGACGGGGAAGACAACCACAUGGACGGGGACAAGGGUACCCGCAGAUGGACUGUCCCUUCCCGAAGGGGCCGGAAGCCUGGCAGCGGUGGCCGGAAGAAUGGUGGGAUGGGAAGCAAAAGCAAGGACAAGAAGCUGUCAGGGACGGACUCGGAGCAGGAGGAUGACUCUGAUGACACAGACACUGAUGGGGAAGAGGAGACAUCACAGGCUCCAGCCCAGGCCAGCCAUCCCCCUGCCCACUUUCAGAGCCCCCCGGCACCUUUCAUGCCCUUCACCUCGACUCUGCCUCUGCCCCCAGCCCCCCCGGGCCCCUCGGCACCUGACGCAGAGGACGAAGAGGACUAUGACUCCUAGCGCCCUCUGCCCCCCAGGCCAUGCCCCCUUUUAGUUGGUUUUAGUUGCUCUGGGGGGAGGAGAGAAGAUAGAGCUGUUCUUAAAUUUAUUAAAAAAUUAAUAAUAAAAGGGAA